CUUUUGGGUCAUUUUCCCAUUGCACGCCGAGCGGAUAAGUUGCAGACGCGUUUUAUUCCUCUUAGUUUUCCUGUGAAAAAAGUCCUUUUUAGCUAGAAAUUCGGGCGAGAAGAGUCACGAAAGUGUCCACUGUUCCUCUUAGAUUGUCCUGCAACACACGGAAAGAUGGUUUUCGGACUGGUGCUCACGCCCAACAAGAAGUAUUCGCAGACGGUGGAGAAGGAUUAUCAAUUGACCAACGCCGCCCUGGAUCUGAAGUCAUGUGGCGCAGAGGCGACGCAGCUGAUGGUCACCGUGGACAAGAACACGUUCCUCCUCUGCACACUAUCCAAGGACAAGCCACAGCAUCCGCUGGACUUGCAGCUGUCGCAGGGUGACAAGAUCGCCUUCUGCAGCAUCGGCAGCGGCACCAUUCAUCUGGUGGGCUACCUUCAUCCGGACGAUCCUAUGGGGGACUUUGGCGACGCGGGAGAUUCGGACGUGUCUGAGGAGGAGGACGAAGAGACAGAAGUGCCGAAUCUGGUGCCGAUUGAGGGCAAGAAGGAGAAGAAAACCAAGGCCGCCAAGGCUGAAGCCCAGAAAGACAGUGACGAUGACGAGGAUGAGAGCGAUGACGAUGAUUUUGAGAUGGAUGACGAUGACAUUGAGGGCGAGGACAGUGGCGAGGAGGAGCAGGAGGAGGACAGCGAUGAGGAUGACGAGGAGGAGAGCGAAGAAGAGUUGGAGCAGCCACAGAAGAAAAUGAAGACGGACAAGCAGCAGCAGCAAAAUGGUCUUGAGAAUGGCGUCGCCCAGAAGAAGGACAAGAAGCAGCAGAAGCCCGAGACGAAGGGUGCCAAGGAGCCCCAGCAGAAGGCCGGCAAGAAGACAGUGCUGCAGGGAGGCGUGAUGGUGGAGGAGCUCAAAGUGGGCGAUGGUCCUGAGGCGAAGCAGAAUAAGAAAGUUGUGGUUUACUACGAGGGCCGCCUCAAGUCCAACAAUAAAGUGUUCGAUUCGUGCAAGGCCGGAAAUGGCUUCAAGUUCACUAUCGGACGGGGAGAGGUGAUUCGCGGCUGGGAAAUUGGUGUGGCGGGCAUGAAGAUGGGCGGUAAGAGGAGGAUUACCUGCCCUCCGAAGAUGGCGUAUGGCUCCAAGGGAUCUCCACCUGUUAUUCCGCCCAACUCAACGUUGGUCUUCGAGGUGGAGCUGCGACAAAUUAAAAAUUAGAAGUUUUAUAUAUAUUUUUUCAUUCGCUUAAAAAACCGUUUCACAUUAUAAGAAUUACAGCCAAUAAUUUUGAAGUAAAGAUGGACAACUAAAAGAGAAA